GGGAGGGUGUUCCUGUGAUGUACGGUGUGGGAUGGGGCCACACUCAGAUACAGACAUCCCUUGUCCGCACCUCUACGCAUGUUCUCGCCCACUUUGCAGUUACAACGCGAUAGUAAACGAGGAUGGGAGAUGGAUAACGAGAGAUAGGACAGAUAGCAAUAACAGGAAACUCGACAGCGCUUUCCGUGUUGAUGACCACCAGGGAGAGGAACCAACAGCUAGAGGGUCAGGGUGACAGUACAGGUUAGAAGACUAUAAAGCUCAUUUAGCUACGCUUUGGAUUGUCGGACUUAUUGUCGGAUUGCUAUAGACCACAUGAAUUUGAGAAGUGGAGGGGCAAUGGAUUCCCCUUCUGAUCUGUUCUGUCAGCAGUCGUCCCCGAUGUGCCCUUUCGGCCUCUACCGCAGUCCGUCGGGCAGCGCUCCGUCAGCACCUCGCUACCCGGGAGGCAGCCCGCCGACCUACCCCCUCAUGUCCCCUCUGCUGCACCCCAGCAGCGCCUCCCAGAGCUGGGGUGGCUACCGGCAGCGGCCGGGCCUCUUCCAGGCUCCGUCCCUGGAGCAGGAGCUGGAGGACGACGGCAUGGACGAGCCGGAGCACGAGGACGAGCUGCUGGUCAGGGGCCCGGCGGCGGCGGCCAUGGCAGGGGGGCCCACCCUGCUCUCGCACCUCUUCCCCGGGGGGGCGAGGAGAGGGGUGGCCUCGGAGCCGGAAGAGUGGAGCCAGGACGUCCUCCAGGUGAAGAGGCUGCGGAUGGAGAGCAGCGGCGUGGGCAAGAGGGACGGAGAGGCGCACGAGGGAGAGGAUGAGAGGAGAGGGAGAGCGAGGAACGCGCCGCAGCAGCGGCCGGACGAGGACGAGGGGCGAAGCGGCGGGCCGAUGCCGAGGAAAGGCAGCCGAGAGGGGAGGAAGAGGCAGCGGCAGGAGCUGAAGCUUCAGCUGCAGGAGACCAGAGAGAAGCUUCUGGAACUUCAGAAGAGGGUGUGGAAAGCGUACGACAAGCAGCAGACGCAGGAGGACCAAAGGAGAGAUAAGGGAAAGGGCGAAGGAGAAAAGGGGAGGAUGGAGGCAGAGGAGAUGGAGGAGAUGUUUUUUGAAGAGGGAGAAGGGGAUGAUCAUUUGUUUAACUCAGAGGACCUUCUUCCCCAAGGCCAUCUCUCCUCCAAGAAAAAUGCCCAGCAAAAUGUGAAUGGGACUGGAGAUCUCUCCCCAGAUGAAACGAUGGACUUGGACGUGGAUUUGGAGCAGGGCCUGGACAGAGGGAGCGUGUGGGUCGGCUGUGGUUUGAUCCACGGGGAGUGGGAAGGUCCGAGCGGCGGGCAGAAGUUUGCCCAGGCCCUCAAACAGGAGCUGGGCAGUGCCGUGGCGCGAGUCAUCGACCGGGUGAUCCGCCUGUACGCCGACGGCGAAAACUCUGCCCCGGCCGGCCUGGCCGCGCUGGUCGUCCACGACCAGCGCAACGGCGGGCUUGGCUCAGGGUUGCGGAACGCAGACGACGACCAGCGGAGGCCGAGCGGAGUGACCGCGGCUCAAGCUCUCGAGCAGGCCGAGGCCUCCUCGCUGGUCCCCAUCAGCAGGCACCAGGAGAAGCGGACCAACGGCUACUCGGGCCUCCCGCCCAGCGGUCACCGAGGACCGCCCCAGUCCAGCCCCAACCUGCCCCACCUCUCUCAGGCCCCCGCCCUCCCAGCUCUACUGCCCCCUCCUCCACGCUCCAAAGACCACUUCCUGUCCUCCUUCCCCUCCGCGCCCCCGGCCGUGCCCUUACCUCUCCUCCACUAUACCAUGCAGCACCUGUUCGCCCGCUCCCUGUCCAACCUGCCACUGCACAAGGACUCCCUCCCGCCCGAACCCUUCCUGGACUUCCGCUCGCACGGCCCCUCGUUCCCCCCACUGCCGCUGGGGCUGGGGCAGCUUGAGCCCCCUCUCUCCUCCUCCGGCCGCGGGCGAGACGGUGGGAUAAGGGGAGGCGGAGGAGGAAUGGGAGGGAUGGACGGUGGUGACCUCUACCUCGGUGCUGCAUCCUCUCAAGAGGGUCUGUCCCCGUGCCACCUGAAGAAAGCGAAGCUUAUGUUCUUCUACGCACGUUACCCUAGCUCCAACACACUCAAAACCUACUUUCCAGAUGUCAAGGUAUUCAACCGCUGCGUCACCUCCCAGCUCAUCAAAUGGUUCAGUAACUUCCGGGAGUUCUUCUACAUCCAGAUGGAGCGCUUCGCCCGCCAGGCGGUCAGAGAUGGUGUGGUAGCACCCAGGGAGGGGGGCCUGCGUUUGGGCCGCAACUCCGAGCUCUUCCGCAUCCUCAACAUGCACUACAACAAGAGCAAUGACUAUCAGGUCCCCGAGCGGUUUGUGGAGGUGUCAGAGCUGGCUCUGAGGGAGUUCUUCAGCGCCAUCCAGGGUGGACGUGACACUGACCCCUGCUGGAAGAAAUCCAUCUAUAAGAUCAUCUGUAAACUGGACAGCCCCAUUCCUGACAGCUUCCGCCUGCCUGGCUGCCCAGUAGACACACAUCGAUCGGUGUGAGGCGUGGGAAUGUACACAAACCACGCCUGGCCAUGUUAAACGACACACUUGUUUUCUAGGAACAAAAACACUAUCGCUCAUUCUCUUGAAUCAUGACACACACACACAUAUACACACAUUGUACAGGCAUGCACAGACCUACACACGUACACCUUUUGUCAGAUUACAUUUUGACUCAGUAUCUCUCCAAAAUAAGCUUCCGACCAUCUUAAAUAUAAAUGAACAAACAAAAAGGAGCUUUAUCCUGAAGUCAGUGAAACUUUUUUCCAUUUAGCCCUGCUAUAAGAACUACAAAUGGGGCCCAAGUAUUGAAUGUUGAGCUAUGGUGUUGCUAUAAUGGUCUUUUAUUCAUUAUGUUGAGUGUUGUGGUCCUCAAAAUUUGAGCUUGCACUUUCUAUACCUUCAGUGGAAGGAGGGGAAGGAAGUUGUUGUACAUGCUGUUUUGCAUCACGUCAGCAAAAGAUGCCUGUCUGAUAGUUUGUAUAUAUUAAGGGCAGUUUGUGAUUUGGCAGGCUUUGUAUGUUUCAAAAAAGCACAUUUUGUCAUAUUUGUCAAAAAAUGUUUGGGUGUUUCUAUUCCAAGUUUUUGAGCCUUGAUUUAUUUCUGUGAACUUUGAUGUGAUAUGUCUGUGUAUUAAACAUACAUUUUAAAGUG